CUGUGCACUUGGCUUCCGACCACCACAUCGUGUCUAUCUGAACCUGACAUGUGCUCUCUAGAGUCUACACUCGAGUCUUUGUCUGUAACCACUGGCGUGCGCAACCCAUUCCAUCAUGAAUUAUUGCCUCCAGAGAUCUGGGUGGACGUCAUCGGGUACUGCAACAAAGCCUCCCAGCGGACCUGCUUGUCUCUCUCCAGGGCGUUCCACAGCCACACCAUCCCCAUCUUAUUCCGUGAAAUCAUCAUCUGGCUUGGUGCUUGGGAAGCUUGGGUAGCUGAUGAACAGGUGGACGGGCCGGAAAAAGUGGCACUCUACGACGAGCUGGACGAAACGCAGUCAUUGAGGUCGUACGACCUCCUGCGCCGCAUUACCCUCGACGCCUCGUUCGCUAAAGUUGUGAAGGCCGUCGAAGUUGAGGCGUACAUGAAGGAUGGUUCCAGGGUUGUGUAUGAGAAAUGCUGCUUGACUGAAGCCAUUCGUUGUCUGCCCAACCUUGAAAGCUUCUGCUGGAAUGGAUGCAGUCCAUCUCCUUCUCUCGAGGCCUUCAAUGCUCUUGUUGCGACGUGUCCAAGAUUGCAGAAUCUCGCUCUUCCGAUACAAUCAUAUGUCACGCUUCCGUUUCACAAGCUCAAACGCCUCCGCUGGAUCGCGUUCAGUUGGACAAUUGAAGACAUUCUGGACUCUCUCCUGAGCAAUUACCAGGAUGUCGAGAUCAACGAGGAGACCUUCCCGGACCUAUGCGAGCUACAUCUCUUCUUCACGACACCAGCUAGUGUCCAUUUGCUCGGGGGUCUAUUGAAGCAAAUCACACAUCUCAGUCUACUUUUCAUACGUGACCUCGGCCACCUCGAGGCUCUCCUGCACAACCUCCCCGAUGUCCAGUCACUUACACUGCAGACCCUCCGAGAGACACAGGAAGAGCAGCUCUUCACUGCGUUUACGUAUGCUCCGUUCAAGCUUCCGCGCCUGACUCAGCUCAAGAUUCGCGGAGACGAGAAUUACGGGGACGUACUGCCCUCGACGAACGUUACUCUGCUCGCGGAAGUUCUCCGCGGGAUACCCACACUACAGUGUUUCGAUUGCUCGUUCCGCAUCGCAGCCACGCACCUACAACUGAUCUCGUCGGCGAUCUCGUCUUUGCAGCACCUCACAGUGCUAGGUCUGUGCAUAGGACGCCUCGCGCCGACCCGUGGUUCUGUGCGUGAAGUCUUUCGCCAGAUGCCACCCGCGCUCGACGCGCUGGCCUUGUUCAUGUCUGGUAGCGUCCUCGACGAGUACGAAUUGACUGAACUGUGGACGAGGUGUCAGCGCCUCCGAUUCCUCUACCUUUGCACGUACAGAGCCGACGAUGUAGAAAUCACUCCUCAAGAUCUAGCAACAGCGGGAAACUCUCUACAAUUGGUCGGGCUGGGGAAUGCGUUCCAUUACGUCGAGCGCGAGGGCGGGGAUGUGAAGGUGUCCGAGCAGUGGUCAGACCGGAGAGUCGAGUUCAGGCGAGUCGACGACUUCGAUUGUCCGGAGUGGGAGUGGCUGAUGAGGGAGAAAGCCAUUUGGUGAUAUCUCCAGAGACAAUUGCAAGGGACAGGCUUCAACGGGGUCCCACGAGCGGCAACUAGCACUACAUUCGGGUCAUACAGCGUAUUAAUCUACAACGGCUAGUGGCACAGCAACAGUCUACGAGCAAGUCA